AGGGGCGGGCUUCGGAGGGUCAUCUACACUCGACUAAACCUGCUGUGCAAGUUUCCAUAAGCAAUCUCGUCAUGUCGUCUGACCAAGAAGCACUGCCGUACUGGCAGGUCAACGUCUCGCCGGAACAAAGAUCUCUCGAAUGCCCAGCCUUUUUAGCAGAUGCCAACGAAAAAGACCAAAAGAUCCUGGCCACUCCUGACGCUGACUACCGUCGUCUGUCAUGGUCAGAGGUGCAAAGGCUCAUAAACACGAAUCGCAUUGAUCUCUUCCAGCGAGUGCCGAGUGACCUCCGCCGCUACAAGGCAUAUACAGCAAGAUUGAAGGACGAAUAUGGUUCAGUAAUGAAUUUUGUCAUGACUGAGAGGCUGAGAUGGCAAGAUCUGGUUUCAAAAGGCGAGCCCUUUAGUGACUCAGACGAUAUCAAGAUCUUACUCAAUGAUUGGCCUUACGGAAUUGAUUCAAGAAUCGUGCAUCUUGUCGUAUGGGUCAAGUUCCAAUUCGAAGAAGACGCUAUCACUGGUGACUUGACCGACGCAGCCCGGAAGCAGCUCAACUCAUACGUCGACCGUACUUUCCGAGCGCAUGUUGGCUCUGGAAAUUGCAUCUGGUUCAAGAAUUGGGCCAGUUUGAAGUCGAUCCACGCCGUUGAACAUUUUCACGUCAUGCUGUUUGAUCCGGACCGGGAAUUUGUGAAACAAAUCACCAACGAUGAUGUAGCGCUGGCAGACAAGAUUAAGAUCAACGACGUUUGAGACGGUGUGUGGGAGCAUAUCAAAGAUAACAACGACUCUACCACUCUUUGGCGAGCAGCCCUGGCUGUGCGGAGUAUCCCUCCGAAACAUGGUAUAGAGUAGCACCCUGUCCUCUUUUGACCAUCCGAUUUUUGUAGCGCAUUUCUUGUCAUCUCAAGUCUGGCGGAC